AUGCAGACCCAGCCGAAUCAUUUGAGCAACGAUCAUAUCCUCACCAAAGACGAAGACGCGCCGAACAUGACAGAAGUCGAGGCAAAAAUUGCUAUUUCAAAUACAGAAACAGCUGUUCCAUACACAGUCUUCACCAAGGCCGAGCGGCGCAUGAUUACAUGGUUGAUCGGAUGCAGCAUGUUCUUCUCACCAUUUACAGCCAACAUAUACUUUCCAUGUCUUGAAGAACUCCAACACGCUGUCGGCGUCAAUGCCAGCCUGAUCAACCUUACCAUCACGACAUACCUCAUUGUUCAAGCAAUCGCACCAGCCUUCUGUGGAGACUUGGCCGACAAUCUCGGACGACGACCUGUGUACCUAAUCACUUUCGCUAUAUACGUCUGCGCGAACCUGGGUCUCGCUCUUCAGCAGAACUAUGCUGCUCUGAUGGUCCUGCGUGGCGUCCAGAGUUUCGGCUGCUCCGCAACGGUAGCCAUCGGAUACGGAGUCAUUGCCGAUGUAGCAACGCCAGCUACUCGAGGAAGCAUGUUAGGGCCUGCAAUGAUUGCGACAAACCUCGGUCCAAGUAUAGGUCCUCUAGUCGGUGGUGUAAUGGCAUCAAGAACUGGAUACAGAUGGGUGUUCUGGUUGCUAGUCAUUAUUGGAGCUGCCUUUCUGGCCGUUCUAAGCCUCAUCUUCCCUGAGACUGGGCGCAAAGUCGUGGGAAACGGCAGUAUUCCAGCACCCAAAUGGAACAUGCCUUUGUUGCAGUCAAGCCGGCAGCAACAGCUAGAAGCAUGUACAGUACAGAGGGCUUGGAAGAAGAGAAGCCUCAUACCCAACCCCUUCCAAGCUCUGCUGGUUUGUUUUCACCGAGACACCGCUGCAGUCCUUUCAAUUAGUGCCGUCUACUACGCCGCUUACUACUGCAUCCAAGCAUCCAUCCCCGCCAUCUUCACGGAAAUCUACGGUCUCGAUGAGCUCCAGGUUGGUCUAUGCUACUUUUCUAUAGGGACUGGUGUCAUCCUUGGUGGUUACAUUAAUGGGAAACUAAUGGACUACAACUACCGCUUUACAGCCAAGGCGAAUAACAUCACGGUCGACAAGGUCGCUGGUGACGACCUGGUCAAAUUUCCCAUCGAGAAGGCACGCUCUCGGUUGUCGUGGCUUCUGAUCCCGACAUCGACUGCAGUCAUUGUGGGGUAUGGAUGGGUCUUGCGCGAAGAAAUUACGCACAACACCCUCAUUGUGGACAUUUCUCCGCAGAACACAAGCACUGCCGCUGCAGCAGGUAACAUCACACGAUGCGCUCUUUCAGCAGCAGCUGUUGCCGCCAUGCAGCCUCUUCUGGAAGUGAUGGGCAAGGGCUGGUUCUUCACGGCUCUCGCCGCAAUCUCUGGUAUACUCAGUGCCAUCUCAACAAUCUUCAUUCGACUCAGAGGUAUGGCGUGGCGCAAUGAACGGCAAGCACGUGAGCAAGACGGAUGUAUGCAAGGAAUGGCGCACAGAACUGAGGGAAAGUGA